AUGAAGAUACCCUGUGCACACUGUGAUAAGUACGCCAUUUCGGUCACCAAACUUGCGGCUCAUAUGCUGUUUCGACAUGCAUCGAGUGAUGUUGUAUGCUAUUAUUGUGACGAGAAGUUUGGCGGUCCGGCUGAUAAGCUCGAAAAAACUCCAUGGGAUGAUUUCAGGGCUCAUGUCUACAAGGAAGUAUUGAAGAAGCGAAUGUACGAACAUUCGUCCAAUGAAAAAAGUUCGAACAGUGAUGCGGUCGCUCUUCGUGGUGUUGGUCGGUGCCCACACGGUGCGGCUGUAAAGUGCAGGUGCGUUAUGUUGUGCAUUUAG